GGAGCGGAGCGGGAUAAGCGGGAGAGCCGGGAGAGCCGGGGCUGCGGGCCCGAGGGGCUGCGGACCCCGCGCCCCCGCAGGCCCGUGCUCCACCCCCGGGGCUGUGAGAGGCGCGGGGCCCUCAGGACCCCGGUGCGCGGCUUCGGGGGUCUCGGUUCCGGGGCGGUGGAGCAGUUGCCACCCGCCGGCCCCGGCCCGGCCCUGAGCGCCAAGGCCGCUGUCCUGAGCUCGCGGCGUGCCCGCCUCCCGGGUGCGGUGCCAAAGGCCGGCCCCGCUCCGCUCCGCUCGGCCAUGGCCGGCGCGGGGCCCCGAGCCGCGCUCGGUCUGCGGCGGUGGCUGUCCUCGGCUGCCCCGGCGCCUCGGCUCUGCGUGGUGGGCAGCGGCCCCGCCGGCUUCUACACGGCUCAGCACAUCCUCAAGGUACCGCGCCGGGACCUGCCCUCCGAGGGAGCCAUCUCUGCCCUGCCUGGCCCGCAGCAGCACCACGGCGGGGCCCUGGUGGACAUCUACGAGAAGCUGCCCGUUCCCUUCGGGCUCGUCCGUUUUGGAGUGGCCCCAGACCACCCUGAGGUGAAGAACGUGACCAACGCCUUCACGCAGACGGCGCGCUCGGAGCGCUGCGCCUUCUACGGGAACGUCACCGUGGGCCGGGACGUGACCCUGCCGGAGCUGCAGCAGGCCUACCACGCCGUGGUGCUGAGUUAUGGUGCUGAAGACAACCGGGUCCUGGGGAUCCCAGGGGAGAACCUCCCUGGUGUUUACUCAGCCCGAGCCUUCGUGGGCUGGUACAACGGGCUGCCUGAGAACCAGGAUCUGAAGCCUGACCUGAGCUGUGAGACAGCGCUGAUUCUGGGUCAUGGCAACGUGGCACUGGACAUUGCCCGCAUCCUGCUGUCCCCACUGCAGCUCCUCAGGAAGACAGACAUCACUGACAGCUCCCUGGCAGCUCUUGCCUGCAGCAAGGUGAAGCGUGUCUGGCUGGUUGGGAGGAGGGGACCUCUCCAAGUUGCUUUCACCAUCAAGGAGCUGCGGGAGAUGAUAAACCUGCCUGGUACCAGAGCUGUCCUGGACCCUGCCAACUUCACAGGCCUCGAAAGUGCUGUCAGAGAUGCUCCCAGGCCCAGGAAGCGACUGACUGAGCUGAUGAUCAAAACAGCCCUGGAGCAGCCAGUGGAGAUGCAGGCAGCAGGGGCAGCAGCCCCCAGGGAGUGGGGGCUGAAGUUCCAGCGCUGCCCCCAGGAAGUGCUGCCCAGUGCUGAUGGGAGGAGGGCGAGGGGCGUCCGCAUGGCCCUGACCCGCCUGGAGGGCUCGGGUGACUCUGCCAAAGCCAUUCCCACUGGAGAUGUGGAGGAUCUGGAGUGUGGGCUGGUGCUCAGCAGCAUUGGCUACCGGAGCCUGCCGCUGGACCCGGCCGUGCCCUUCGACAGCCAGCGCGGGGUCAUCCCCAACAGCUCGGGCAGGGUGCAGGGUGUCCCAGGUCUGUACUGCAGCGGGUGGGUGAAGAGAGGACCCACAGGCGUGAUCAUCACCACCAUGAACGACAGCUUUGACACUGCCCAGUCUCUGCUGGAGGAUCUCCAGGGGGGUGUGCUGGAUAUAUCCCCCUCCAGAGAAGGCUUUGGGCUUGUGGAGAGCAUCCUGCGCAGCCGAGGGGUCCGUCCUGUUUCCUUCUCGGACUGGGAGAAGAUUGAUGCCGCUGAAGUGGCAAGAGGCAAAGCUGCUGGCAAACCGCGGGAGAAGAUCGUGGAUCCUGCGGAGAUGCUGCGGAUCAUCGGUCACUAGAGCAGCAGUGGUGGGACCGUGGCACUGCCCCAGUGGUGCCAUCCUGGGGCAGCACUAGAGGGUCAUGAGCAGAGCCUGGGAGCACAGGGCUUGUGUCUGGGGCUGGUGCUGGCUCUGGAGGGGUGUGUGACACUGGAGCCUCUCUGGUAACCAUGAACUCUGGGUUCCCAAAGUCUCAAGACCUGAGGCUGUUGGCUGGCCCCACAUCCCUGCAGCCAGCUACCGUUUCCAGGGGUGAUUCUUGUCUGUCUUUGAAGCAUUGAUGAAUCAUGCAGUGCAGGUGAAGGGAGGUGUGUGUUCACCUGGGAGACUCCUGGCCAGCCACUCUCUCACAGCAAGUCACAUGGAGAAGUUUCCCUGUGUCUUGCUGCCUCCCCUUGAAGCCACAAGCCAAAUGGGUUUGUUGCCUUGUCGUUCAUGCCAGAGCAGGCAUCUUUUAAUAAUGACUUUUUUUUUUAAAAAAAAAAACCCUUCCAGGGAAGCCAAAAUG